AUGCCGCAAGAUUAUACGCGCCUGGGCAUCUGGCUAGUCGUGCAGGACCCGGCCGAGGAAGUAAACGUGUGCGUGCUUCACGGGCUGUGGUUCGAAGAAGUUAUGCGGCAUCGCCUGCACGCCUGUCUCCCUGAGCUCGGGCUGCACGCUCUCGAUGACGCCGGGCAUGUCCUGGAGCACAAGCUGGCCCCUGGCUUUGAGCCACGACAGUGUCUCGAGCAAGGCUUUGCUCUCGUGCCCUACACCGCCGCGGAUAUCAACCAACUUGAGCCUUGCGUCGCCCUGGAACAUCUCCUCCCGCAGACGCUGUGUAACAGGGAAGGUUUGAGUCCACCGCUGGGCGUUGUGGCGGGCGACGCCGGUCUGCAUCACCUGGUUAAAGGCAUCCAGGAGGGUUUGGUUCGUGACCAGCCAGUCGACGAAGUGCUUUUCGGUGCUCAGAGAGUGCUGGCAGGGCCCUGCGAAGGCGUUUUGCGGAGAUCUGCACCCCGUCUCUCGCAGAUAACUGGUUUGAAAGUGGAUGUCGCUGGUGGCGUCAGCCAAAUCAAAACGUCAACGCACAAAGGCAAGCAGACGCACGGGCUCCGCCCUGUAGCUCCCCAGCGCCGUGACGGUCAAAACUCGCGACACCACCAACGACCGCAAAAUCCGGACGACAAGCAAGGGAUCAGCAUGCGUGGACGGCCCAAGCUCCUCGCCCGUGAACUCCUCCUUUCAGGAGCGGUGGACGAAAUCGAAGAUGCCCAUGGGCUCCUUGAGGGCCGCGGAGAGCUUCUGGCAGGCCUUCAAUACCUCCCCUCGCUGCUGGUGGGCAGUCGCCGGCUGUCUGGCAAGGAGAUCCGCAACCUCCGAGAUGGAAGUAGUGAGUCUAGCGAGAUCCAUGGCUGUAGAAUUGUAGUCAUUUCAAAGUUGCGGCAGGGCGACCUGCUUGCUGAAGAACCAAAAGGUCUGGUUGGCGAUGCAGGGCGCGGUGGCCAGCAUACCAUGAGGGGUCAUGGUCGAGUGCAGACAAGACGGGGUCCCGGUCUCGCUGGUGGACGUCUCGUCGUCGUCGACGAUGGCAGCGAUGCGGUGUCACUGGUGCCGUCAGAGAAGGUCACUGUGACUGACUCGCGCUGGGCGUGGCUGACGAUGGACACGAGCCGUUUUUCGUAGUGGAUGGGGAUCUGGCAUUGCUGCGCGCCCUCACGCAGGCAUUUGACAAGAUCCACCCGGUUGAUCCGGAGGUAUCCGAACCCUGUCCUCUGCUUGGCCUCGCUUGUCAUGUCCACUUCACAGGGGACCCUGCCGGAGGUCAAAUGCAGGAUGGUUCUGGUCACAUCCACCCCCCGCGCAGCGAUCGCCUCCCAGAGUCCCAGGCGGUGCAAGACACGUAGACCAUUUGCAGGCAAACCGAGGAGCCACGAAGGCCUGCAGUGUCUGGGUUACGCAGCUCGUAGACCACCGGGCUCAGCUUGUUGCGGUCAGCCAGGCGGAUGGCUGCUGCGAGGCCUGUAGGCCAAACCCCGAUGACAAUGACCUCUGAGCGUCAGUGCCUUGAAUCAUGCCGGCAGCAGGGAAGGGCAAGCAGCAGGUACCUUCUGGAGAUCUGCCAUUGUCUCUGGUGCGGUCUUUGUGGUGCUUGGGGGGAA